AUGUUAGUUGCUUUGGAUCUGACAGUCGCUUACCUCGGAAUAGAGCAGAACAUGGCAAAUGCAAUAGCGCUGCCGAUCUGUAUCGGCAGUCCUGAGGCUAGCAGUCGCCGUGCAAUCCUCUUCCACCAGAGUCUCCGGAGCUACAGAGAUCGCCCUAGUCCCCUAAAACUUCUCCCCGACACCUUGCACUACCGGGUCGCAUAUCGAGAUUUCUUAAAGGAUGUUGAACUGAUCUUGACAGGAAACUGGUCCAUAGAUUUCUGGCGGUCGGAUAGAGGAGAGAAG